AUUUUUCUGCUCCUGUAGCAGCUUAGCUUCCAGACUGAAGCGUCCCGAAGCUCGUUCAUCCGGCUCACGCUCAUAUUUCACAUCGAUUAUUGUCUUUUUUGUGUUAGUAUCCACGCCGUAGUGGAGUGAAACAUGUCCCGGAGGCGACACAGCGACGAGAAUGACGGAGGCCAGGCUCAUAAAAGAAGGAGAACAUCGGAGCCGAUUGAGAUUGAAGAUCGUCUGGAGUCACUGAUAUGUCGUGUGGGGGAGAAGAGCACGGCGUCUCUGGAAAGCAACUUGGAAGGCCUCGCGGGCGUCCUGGAGGCAGAUCUUCCAAACUACAAAAGCAAAAUCCUGCGCAUUUUAUGUGCUGUCGCCCGCCUCCUCCCUGAGAAGCUGACUGUCUACACGACUCUGGUCGGCCUCCUCAACGCCAGAAACUACAACUUCGGAGGCGAGUUUGUCGAGGCCAUGAUCAGACAACUCAAGGAGACGUUGAAAAACAACUUGUACAAUGAAGCGGUUUAUCUGGUGCGUUUUUUGUCUGACUUGGUCAACUGUCACGUGAUUGCGGCUCCAUCCAUGGUGGCCAUGUUUGAAAACUUUGUCAGUGUUACCCAAGAGGAAGACGUACCACAGGUUCGGUCAGACUGGUUCGUGUAUGUCGUCCUCUCCUGUUUGCCCUGGGUCGGUAAGGAACUGUACGAGAAGAAGGAUGUUGAGAUGGACCGCCUCCUCAGCCAAGUCGAAGGCUACCUCAAGAGGAGAGUAAAGACUCAUGUCCCAAUGCUGCAGGUGUGGACAGCAGAGAAGCCUCAUCCUCAAGAAGAGUAUCUGGACUGUCUGUGGGCUCAGAUUCAGAAGCUAAAGAAAGAUCGCUGGCAGGAGCGUCACAUCCUUCGUCCGUACAUCGCCUUCGACAGCGUCCUGUGUGAAGCUCUGCAGCACAACCUGCCGCCCUUCACUCCACCGGGACACAUGCCCGACGCCCAGUACCCCAUGCCUCGGGUCGUCUUCCGCAUGUUCGACUACACUGAUGCCCCAGAGGGUCCUGUUAUGCCCGGCAGUCAUUCUGUGGAGAGAUUUGUCAUUGAAGAAAACCUGCACAAUAUCAUCAAGACUCACUGGAAAGAGAGAAAAACAUGUGCUGCCCAGUUACUCAGUUAUCCAGGGAAAAACAAGAUUCCACUCAACUAUCACAUCGUGGAGGUGAUCUUUGGGGAACUUUUCCAGCUGCCUUCUCCGCCUCACAUCGACGUCAUGUACACCACGCUGCUCAUCGAACUCUGCAAACUGCAGCCAGGGUCACUGCCGCAAGUCUUGGCUCAAGCUACAGAGAUGAUGUACAUGAGACUGGACACCAUGAACACCACCUGCAUAGACAGACUAAUAAACUGGUUUUCUCACCAUUUGAGCAACUUCCAGUUUCGAUGGAGCUGGGACGACUGGUCCGACUGUUUGGCGGUGGAUCUGGACAAACCCAAGCCCAAGUUUGUGAAGGAAGUUCUGGAGAAGUCUAUGAGACUCUCGUACCAUCAGCGCAUCGUGGACAUCGUCCCUCCCACCUUCUCAGCUCUCAUCCCCGCUGAACCCAUCUUCAUAUACAAGUACUUAGACGAGGCUGCAUCCUCGCUACCUGGUUACCCGUUAUCCAUCACUCUCGGAAACGCCAUCAAGAACCGAGCGACCAACGAGGAGAUCCUGACCAUCCUCAAAGAACUGCCCAACCCAAACCAGGAGGACGACGAUGAUGAAGGCGAGACCUUCAACCCUCUGAAGAUCGACGUCUUCCUGCAGACUCUUCUCCACCUCGCUGCCAAAUCCUUCAGCCACUCCUUCAGCGCCCUCGCCAAGUUUCAUGAAAUCCUGAAGACUCUGGCCGACAGCGACGAGGGGAAGCUGCACACGCUCAAAGUGAUUUAUGACGCGUGGAGGAACCACCCACAGAUGAUCGCGGUGUUGGUGGACAAAUUGAUCCGGACACAGAUUGUCGACUGUGCCGCCGUCGCCAACUGGCUUUUCUCGCAGGACAUGGCUCACGAGUUCACCAGACUUUACAUCUGGGAGAUUUUGCACUCGACGAUCCGAAAGAUGAACAAACACGUCCAGAGGAUCCAGAAGGAACUGGAGGAGGCCAAGGACAAGCUGGAGAAACAGCAGCAUAAGAGGAGGGACAGUGGUGACGACGAGGAAAUGGACAAGAACAGCGAGGACGAGGACAAUCAGCUGGAGGAGCAGAUCGAGAGGCUACAGGAGAAAGUGGAGUCGGCGCAGAGCGAACAGAAGAACCUCUUCCUUGUCAUCUUCCAGCGUUUCAUCAUGUUGUUGACGGAGCAUCUGGUUCGUUGUGAGAGCGGCAGCGUUGACGUCAGUACACCGUGGUACAAGAACUGUGUGGAGAGACUGCAGCAGGUUUUCCUCAUGCACCAUGUGACCAUCCAGCAGUACAUGGGAACCCUGGAGAACCUGCUGUUCACGGCUGAGCUCGAUCAUCACAUCCUGGCCGUCUACCAGCAGUUCUGUGCUCUGCAGCUCUGAACCUCACAAACAAACAAACAAAACAAAACAAACAAACAAACAUGUCGGCAUCAACCAGCUCUUGCAUCAAGAUUCUCCUCAGUGUAGUUUUUGUUUUUUUUCUUUUUUUACAAUAUUUUUGGUGUCAUUCGACGUGUCGGCCGUGAUCGAGAGCUACACACACAUUUACUGUAGUGAUAUUUUUUUAUUGUGUUUGCUUUUUGUUUAUUUUUGUUGUCGUCGGAGACAUGUUUUCCUUUAUUUCACCUCCUGCUCGUGUCUUUUUAAAAAGUGUAUGAACGAACUGUCUGCGUCCGGAUGGAGCUGGAAAAAUGAUCAUAGGAGAUGUCGGGUUGAUUUUGUGGUUGAUCGCCAAUCUAGAACGAAAGAGCUCUAAUUUUUAUAUUUGUUUUAGUUUUUCUUUUGUUUGUUUUUUGUGCAAUUGAGGGAAAUAAUUAAACUCUGUAGAGUCUUUA